AUGAACAAUAAAUCUAUUAAUCAACAAGAUCAUCUCCCUUUCCCUUUAUUUAAUUAGAAAUUUUUCAAUGAAUACUCUUAGGAUUCAUAAUUAAUUGGACAUCUUAAUUAAGAGAUGUUACAUCUAAAUCAUAAGUGUUCAUAUAAAUGGAUGAAUUAACCAAAAUUAGAAUGGACUCUUGAUGAUGAUAUUAAAAUACUUGUUAUUACAUGGAAUAUGCAUGGAAUUAUACCUGGUUACUCUUUAAAAAGACUAUUUAAUAUUUAAUAAGUUCAUCAUGAUUUAAUUGUAAUAGGCACUUAAGAAUGUUCAAGAAGUAUAGCAGUAUCACUUCUAUGUGAAUCAAAAGGAGGAUGGGAAUCAAAAUUGAAAGAUGAACUAGGUAAAGAUUAUGUUAAAGUCUAAUCUACAACACUGAAUGCUAUGCAUCUUAUUGUAUUUGCACAUGUAUUAUUGGUACCUAAAAUUAAAAAUGGAAGACCAUAUACACUUUCAUAAGGUUUUAUGGGAAUUGUUGGUAAUAAAGGAGGAAUUGCUAUCUCACUUAAUAUUAAUGAUAAAAUAUUCUUAUUUGCUAAUAGUCAUCUUGAAAGUGGAUAAAAUGCAGAAACUAAAAGAUAAACUUAAUUUUCUAAACUUGAAACUCAUUUUGAAAAUCAAGUUUUCUAUAAUCAUAAAAAUGUAUCAUAUGAUUAUUUGAUAUGGACUGGUGAUUUUAAUUCAAGAAUAAAUUAAUAAAUAACAACUUAAACUAUUAGACAUCAUUCUGAUUUUUUUAUGUGGCUUUCAAAUGAUCAAAUGUAUUAAAGUAGAAAUCAAUCAUUAAGUAUAUUAUUAAUCAUAAAUAGAUUAUUAAUCCUUUUUUAAUGAAGGAAUGAUCUUCUUUCCACCAACUUAUAAAAUGUUAGAAUACUAAAAUUAAUGGGCUAUUGAUAAAGAUUUUAGAAUACCUGGAUGGUGUGAUAGAAUUCUAUUUAAAGAAAAUAAAAAAUCCAAAACUUCUUCACAUACUUAAGACUUCUAAGAUAAUCUACCAUCAUAAAUUAAAUUAUAAAAUUAUGAUGCUAAUUUUGAUAUCUUUGGUAGUGAUCAUAGACCUGUUUUUGCUCAAUUUACAGUUUCCUUUUAAUGA